CACUUCAUAUUUUUGAAAAAAAAAUAAAUAGAAAAAAUAGUAGAUAAUUGCUUUACCCGGGUGGUUCCGGCCGUCCGAAACAGAUUCUCCGUUCCCAAUAAAUUUUAUAUACCUCGAGUCAUCUUCAUCAGCUGCUCGCUCUCUUUCUCAAUAGGAUUUCCGGCCACUGUCUUUACGAGCUCCGAUGGCAAAGGAUCCAGUUCAUGUUCUCGUCACUGGCGCCGCAGGACAAAUUGGGUAUGCUCUUGUCCCAAUGAUUGCUAGGGGUGCCAUGCUUGGUCUUGACCAGCCUGUUGUAUUGCAUUUGCUUGACAUUCCACCAGCGGCAGAAGCUCUCAAUGGUGUUAAGAUGGAGCUAGUCGAUGCAGCAUUUCCGCUUCUGAAGGGAGUUGUUGCUACUACUGAUGUUGUUGAGGCUUGCACUGGAGUCAAUAUAGCAGUGAUGGUUGGUGGGUUCCCAAGAAAGGAAGGUAUGGAAAGGAAGGAUGUGAUGUCAAAGAAUGUAUCCAUCUAUAAGUCUCAGGCUUCAGCGCUUGAAAAGCAUGCUGCAGCAAGCUGCAAGGUUUUGGUUGUUGCUAAUCCAGCCAAUACCAAUGCCCUCAUAUUGAAGGAGUUUGCUCCUUCUAUACCAGAGAAGAAUAUUACUUGUUUGACACGGUUAGAUCACAACAGGGCACUUGGCCAAAUUUCAGAGCGAUUAAAUGUUCACGUCAGUGAUGUUAAGAAUGUUAUUAUUUGGGGGAACCAUUCAUCUACUCAGUACCCUGAUGUAAGCCAUGCUACGGUGAAAACUCAUGGUGGUGAAAAUCAUGUCCGUGAACUCGUUGCUGAUGAUGAGUGGCUGAGAGGAGAAUUCAUUACAACAGUGCAACAACGCGGUGCUGCUAUCAUCAAAGCUAGGAAGCUCUCGAGUGCUCUCUCUGCUGCAAGUUCGGCUUGUGAUCAUAUCCAUGACUGGAUCCUUGGGACCCCAGAGGGAACUUGGGUUUCCAUGGGAGUAUACUCUGAUGGAUCUUACAAUGUACCGGCUGGGUUGAUUUAUUCUUUCCCUGUGACGUGCCGUGAUGGAGAGUGGUCUAUUGUUCAGGGACUGUCAAUUGAUGAGUUUUCAAGGAAGAAGCUGGAUGCGACGGCUGAAGAGCUUAGUGAGGAAAAGGCUCUGGCAUAUUCAUGCCUCUCUUAAAAUUUACCUGAAUUUGCCAUUCAGCAACUCAGGUUUUGCACCCGCGGUUCCUUAAUAAUAUAAACCUUUACUGAAGCAACUGGUUUUUAAGCUUGGACUGCAUCCAGUUGGUUUCAUCAUUUGGAUAAUAAGCUUCGGUUGUGUUGUCUUUUUUAUCUUUUUUCCUAUUUAUGAGAUGAUGAAUUAUAUUAUUAUUGGGAUUUUGUUUCACUUAUGCAUGCCUGUCACACUUCCCAUGAGGGCAAUCCUGGCGUAACCUGGUUAUCAUUCCCUUUA